UUUUUAUCACAUAACAAUAAUUUUUACCUUUCAAUUAAACAAUAAUGACGAUAAUAAAUAGCACCGGGCUGUGACAUAUAGCGAAAGUCUUAGUACUUAACCCUCCAUAAAUCUCUGGCGGGAACUGAAAGACCUUUAGGAUGAAUAUGGCGGGAAUCCUUCCCCUAUAUAAAUAGCCUAAUUCACAAUCAAAUCAAUUCAAUAUUAUCAAUUCUCCUUUACCGUGCACAAUUAGGUUAAGCAUCUUCUUCAGGUUUGCCUUAUGGGAAAGGGAAAGAAGAAAGCUAGGGUUCCGGUGGAUGAUUCCGAAGAAGAAGACGUAGAAAUGAAGGAAAAUGAAGGGGAUUUGAACGAUUCUUCCUCGAACGAGAAGAGUCUUUACGAGAUUCUUGGGGUCGAAACAACAGCAUCACAGCAGGAAAUAAAGAAGGCAUAUUACAAGUUGGCUUUGCGACUUCAUCCUGAUAAGAAUCCUGAUGACGAGGAAGCAAAAGAGAAAUUUCAGCAGUUGCAAAAGGUGAUAUCAAUACUUGGUGAUGAGGAGAAACGAGCACUUUAUGAUCAGACUGGCUGUGUUGAUGAUGAUGACCUGGCAGGAGAUGUUGAAAAUUUGAAGGAGUUUUUCCGAGCUAUGCAUCCAAAGAUAACCGAGGCUGAUAUUGAAAAGUUUGAAGCAAAUUAUAGAGGAUCUGAGUCGGAGAGGACAGACUUGAUUGAUCUAUACAAGAAGUACAAGGGUAAAAUGACGAGGCUCUUUUGCUCCAUGAUUUGCUCCGAUACCAAAUUAGAUUCACACCGCUUCAAAGAUAUUCUGGAUGAGGCUAUAGCAGCAGGGGAGAUAAAGUCAACCAAAGCAUAUGAGAAAUGGGCAAAGGAGGUGUCCGAAACAAAACCACCUACAAGCCCGUUGAGACGUAGGCAAAAGGCAAAGAAAGAAUCAGAGGAUUUGUAUGCUAUUAUUUCUCAGCGUCAAAAUGAACGGAGGGGAAAAAUGAAUUCUAUGUUCUCAUCUUUGGUUAACAAAUACGGUGGGGAUCCAUCUGCGACAGAGCCAAGCGAGGAAGAAUUCGAAGCUGCUCGAAGGAAAGUGGAGAGCAGGAAGCAAUCUAAACGAAAGUAACUGAACUGUUAUUCAACCUACACCAUACUGCAAAAAGUUGUUUACGCUUGGCCAUUAUGUAUUAGGUUGUGCUUCUUUGCUUGAUGUAUAUUGUGUGUCAUAGUGAUAGUAAGUGUGGAUCCUUUGUUUAUUUCGACUCUAUUAUGUCUUGAAUUGUACUGUUACUGUGGCUGGAAAAACAAACCUGAAUUACCUUCUUGAUUUGUUUGAGGAAUUAAUGAGCAAAGGGGCAUGUGUGUGGGUA